AUUUCUCUCAACAGUCAGCUUAGUAGCCACUCCUCCGUUAGCAUACGGAUGCUGCAAUCAUUCAUUGCUAACAGUUAGCUAGCUAGUGUUUUGCGAUGAUGGCUGGGGACUUGCAAGGUUUUGCGCUAGAAAAAGCUGAACUGCUUUCCAGCCGUUUAAAGGAGCUCCUGUCUUCCGGACAAGGAUAUGUUCGGACUCAGUUCGGGGUAGAUUUGGGUCUGAAGCCUGAUGUGUACCCGACGUGGGUCAUCCUGUCUACGGCCUCGGUGGGUCUCCUGCUGCUACUCUGUCUGUCCUGGGCUGCCGUCUGUGGCGGUCUGUUUGUCGGGAAAAAGCGGGGAUCCCCGGUCACCCAAGGCAUCAGGGAGCCUAGCAAGGCCAAUUUAGCUAAAACUGCCAAACCGGAAGAACAGAAGAAGAGGAACAAAAAGAAAACGCUUGAAAAGAACACUCAAUCCAAUGGACAACCAGUGGCUGUACCUCCAGAGGAAGUUACAUUGAUAGAUGUGGUUUCCAAACUAACUCCGCAGAUCAUAACCAAGAAGGUGCAUGAGGUACAGGCCCCAGUGCAGGUGAAAAAGAACAAGAAGAAAGCCAAGACAGUUGUCAAUCCAGUCCAGCAUGUUUCUACAAAUGAUGGGAAGGAACCUGAUGAUGGUGCAUGGGAGACCAAAGUCAGCAACCGUGAGAAGAGGCAGCAGCGCAGGAAGGACAAGGGCCCUGAGGACUCUGGUGGCCCAGGAGGGGUUGAGGCUUCCAAGAGCAUCGUGGAGGCACCUGUGGCCACAGCCCUUACCAACACCAAGAAGAACAGAGGAAACCAUGAGUCCCUGCAUCCAAGAACCACUGGAAAGGUGGAGACAGCCAGUGGAGCUGUGUCCUCCAGCUGGAGAGAGGAGCCUUCAGUCAAUGCUGGAGAUUGGACUCAUGUCAACAUGUCUGUGAAGAUCCCUGCUCAGGUGGGGGCUAUGGACGGAACCAAGUGGAGUACCAUCCCCACAACUGCACAUUACAGGGCUCAACCAAAGCCUCAGUCCUGGAGACAGGAGACGCAAGCAUGGAGUGGCAUUGAUGGUCGGAUUAAGAAUGACCUCAACCCUGUGACCUUCUCCAUGCUGGGACGAAACACCACAGACCCAAUAUCAAAUUCAGUGGAUCUGCAGUGGGCGAGGUUCCCUGAUGUUGAUGAUGAAUGGUCUGGAUUAAAUGGGGUAGCAGCAGUGGACCCCAGCUCUGACUGGAAUGCCCCAGAAGAGCACUGGGGAAACUAUGAAGAGCCCCCUGUGUUGGUGACCUCAGCGCCUCCAUUGAAAGAACAGCAUGUCCCCAACAAGCCAGUAUUGGAGGAUGAGAAGGACACUGACGAUCCGUCCGGUGGAGCAGCCAAAUCCAAGAAGAACAGGAAAAAGAAGAAGAAAACAGAAGAGGAAGCUGCAUCUGAGGCUCAGACGGGGAGCCCCGUGCCCCUGGUCCACACAGUACCCAAACCCCAAGAGCCUCCUGAGCUGGCCUCCAAAAAGCAAAACCCCAGCAUAUCCUCUGCUCAGAAAAAAUCCGAGCAGAUUGUGGAGCCUCUGAAGCCCUCCCUAAAGAAAAAGGUCCGAAGGGAAACAUGAAGACAAACAGGUCUAUACAAAGCAUAUGCAAAUGAUUGUAAAAUGUGUCCCAUGCAAUAAUUACCAGUUAAGUUUCUUUCUGAGAUAUAUUAACAGGUUAUGAGUUAUUCAAACACAAACAAAAACAAGCAGUGAUUACCACCUGCUUGGCUAAAUAUAGUGAUGAAAUGUGGUCCUGUGGACUAAAAUCUUAACUAAUUUGCACUAUUUGCUACACUGCAACUGAGUGGAGUUUCAGGGUAGGUUGACUUGCAGUGGAGGUACAUGUUAAUGUAAUUAUUUUCUAUGGCAUCGAAAGUUUUUUUGUUCGUUUUUUUCCUCCAAGAGUGUAUGUUUAUAAUUAUUAACCCUUAAAAUACAAACUGGUUUCCUUUUAUUUUAUUUUAUUUUAUAUGAAAGUUGAAGUAUAAGAGAAGCAUACAUUUUUGCUCCCCAGAAUAUUGCACUUUGUUUUGUUUGCUAUGCUUCUGCCACUAUGUCAGCUGUCAAUUACUAAAAUCUGUAGUAGCGGGUUACAUGUGAGGGGUGGUGUCAGAUCAGGAUAAGUUCCGAUUUUUCACUUACAUAACCCAUAUGUAAAUUAAGAUAGAUAGGUGUUGCUGUAAUCCUCCUUGUUCUUCGUACUGGCCAUUAAGUGAUAACGUCAGAGCAACCAACUGCAAUGUAGAAAUGGGGGACAAAACUAAGUGAGUAAUAUAGUGUCCAAAUAGAUGGGUAUUUUCCAAUGGAAUGGCCUGUUUUGUAUAAAAUUCUGUCUGUGUUUUCUUGCUGAGGUCUAAGGUCACAUAUAGGUGUGUUGCCCUGACAAAAGCCUGACUAUAAACCUACACAUAACUGCAAUGACAAAGGUUUGAUUUGGCUAUUCUCAGACUGCUGAAGCCUCAUGUUAAUUUUGGCUGAACUUUAGGCAGCACUUUUACACACCAAAAAUGUAUUUUGUACUUGUACAUUGUAGUCACUCUAUGAAGGUAUCGUUACACAGCCUGUAUGGACAGGAGAAAUGAUUUCAGCAACCUACUGUAUAUCUCUCUCAACAAACCAAUUACAUGUAACGGUUUUAAGAUAGGUUUGCCUAUCCUCUAAAGUAAUAUCUCCCUAAAUCUGUCCUUUGAGUACAAACACUCACUUCCUGUAGGCUGUGUGGUUUAUAAAAGCUAUUUCAUGAAGAAUGGCAGCUGUCAUCAGGUUGUUUCACACCGAAAGAAAAAAAAAUGUGGCCAUUCUGCACAACCACUCCUGC